AUGGUAAAAAUUUCAGCUACGGUGUACAACGAUGUCGAACCGAUCAAGACCGACAUAUUAUUUGCAACAAAGCAAAGGUACUUGAAGGAUACCAGAGGUUUCAAAGUUGAUUUGGGUGUUGGAGCAUAUCGCGCUGACAAUGGUAAGCCAUGGAUUCUUCCCUCGGUACGUAAGGCUGAAAGGUUGGUACAAGAGGAAGAUGAUUAUGACCACGAAUAUCUAAAUAUUUGUGGUCUUGACAGUUUAACAAACAGCGCUGCUAAAGUUAUACUUGGGGAGGAUUGUCCAGCAUUGAGAGAAAGUAGGGUUAUCUCUGUACAAUCUCUGUCAGGUGCAGGUGCCUUACAUGUGGCUGCUAAAUUUAUUAAAAAGUACACACCUGAAAAGAAAAUUUACUUGUCAAACCCAACUUGGCCUAUUCAUCAGUCAAUAUUUGAAAAUGUGGAUUUAGAGACUGAUUCCUACCCAUAUUGGGAUGCUACCAAUAAAAGCUUGGAUUUUGAGGGUUUCAUAAAGGCAAUUGAUCAUGCCCCAAGAGGAUCCAUAUUUGUUCUGCAUGCUUGUGCACACAACCCAACGGGACUUGAUCCAACGCAAGAGCAAUGGCAUCAAAUUAUUGAAUCCAUUCAGAAAGGUGAUCACAUCCCACUAUUUGACUCUGCUUAUCAAGGCUUUGCGUCCGGCGAUCUUGAAAGAGAUGCAUAUGCUAUACGCUACACCAUAAAUCAAUUAAGAGACUGUGCACCUAUAUUUGUAGCACAAUCAUUUGCUAAAAAUGUUGGAAUGUAUGGUGAGAGAGUUGGUUGUCUGCACUUAGUUCUACCGGCGCAGAAGGAGGAUAUUGUACCAAUAAAGGAUGCUAUAACCUCCCAACUUUCGAGAAUUAUCAGAAGUGAAAUUUCAACUCCACCAGCAUACGGUGCUAAGGUUGUAUCAAAAAUAUUUACUACACCAGAACUGAAGGAGCAAUGGUAUCAAGAUUUGGUGACCAUGUCAAGUAGAAUCAUAUCGGUUAGGACACGUUUACGUGACCUAUUAGCUGAGUACAAUACACCUGGAAACUGGGAUCAUAUUGUUCAGCAGUGUGGUAUGUUCUCAUUUACAGGACUAACUCCUGAGAUGACCAAGCGAUUGGAAACUGAACAUGCAGUUUAUAUGGUGCCUACUGGUAGGGCAUCUGUUGCAGGCCUAAAUACUGGGAAUGUACAACAUGUUGCUAAGGCUAUAAAUGAAGUGGUUAAUCACUUUAUGAAAGAUUAG